CAACAAUAUAAUAGAACUGUCGUUGAUGUGAAUGAGAAUUAAUAUUAUGAAAAUUUUGUUAUAAUAAGAUAAACAAUGUGAGGAAGGAAAAUAACAGAUAUUUUGAUGGGCAGAUGAAAAUAUCUCCCAUGCUAAUGUAGCCUGACGGUGACGUGGCCAUGGAUUGGCCCCAUGACACGUGUAAAAGCGCAGACAACUGUAUUCCCUUUUUGUUCACCAUCACCGCCCCUUUCUCUCCUCUUAUUCAUUCAUUUCCUUCACCUUCCAAUUCCCAUUGCAAACAAAAAUAUCACAUACAUACAUACCUAUAAGAUGAACAACAAUUUCAGAGUAACAAGAACGCCAGAAGAAACUCCAACCACUUCUUCCACCUUCCUCAACCCGAUUCAGGGCAUUAGAGAGAUAGAAUCCACAAUGGCUGCAGAGUGGACAGAUGAGAAACACAGCAUGUAUAUCAAGUCUAUAGAAGCAUCUUUUGUUAAUCAGUUAUAUGAUUCUAAGCAAAUGAGGACUUCCUUUCCCUGCAAAGGAACUUCCUGUGACCCUGCUACCACUUCUGGCCAGUUCAAGGUACUUCGUGGCGGGUGUUGGCAAAAAAUCAAUUUUGAAAGAGUGAAUCCGCAAACGAGUAGGAUUAACCACUGUCAUGAUUUGACGGAAAAUCCAUGGAUUCAGCACUAUCGAUCUUCAAGCAAACAGAGAAGCACAGUUGCUCCAUCCCUUCAAGAAAGUGUCAGUACCUCAAGCAAAGUUGCUGAUUUAGGCCAAAGGAAAGGAAUUCCCUCUGGGUCAGGACAUCUUCAUUUGUGUGAAUCUCGUGUCUGCCAUAAAGAUAUGCUUUCUAGUGACACAGAGAUGUCAGGCCAGAACUUUGUUGAUGAUGAAGUGAAAGGCAAAAAGCAGAAUAAAAAAAGCAAAGUGAAACGACAAAGAUCUUUAACUGAUGCAAAAGACAAUGAUCAGCUUCGACCCUUCAAUCGCACAAUGGAUUAGCUCUACCAACAGGAUGUGUGAUCCUUCUGCGCUAUUUGUCAGAACUCACAUUUCCUCUGACUCGUAAGCAUCAUUGCUUAAUUAUUGGCUAUUGGCUUUCCUCUUUCGCAGCGUGUCACUGUUUAUUUAAUAUGCAUAAUUGUGAUCUCUUGUUAUAUUUAUAUCGUAAUUAGCUUUACUUCUAAAGUUUUCUUCCAGGUCAAGAUUCUUUAUUUUUGGUAUUCACCAGGAUUAUAAAAAUGUCAACGAAUUUGAAGGAUCCUAAGCAUCUUAACAAACGGAAAAGCAUUGUGUUUUUAGGAUUUUAGGUAGGAAAGGAAAAGAAGAAAGGUAAGCUAAUGGAUAAUCUGAAAUUGAAAUUGCUAUUGAUUUGAUUCGAUGAUUAAGGGCAACUUAUAAUACAUCAAUCCCUAUUUAUACCAUACCAUCAUUGAUUAGAUUAGGAUACAUAUUUAAAUAUAGUGAAACACAGAAGCCAUUCUAAAGGUGAUCAUAUAUGAUACUCUUCAAUAUUCUAAAAUGCAAUAAUGAUAUUAUUAUUAGGUACGUUUAACACCCGAUAAAGCUCACUAAGCAUUUGGUUAGAAGUAAACACAUAAAAAAGGAAAGUAAUUCAUGUAUGUAGUAUACAUGGCUUGAAAGGCUAAUGAGGGGUACUAGAUAUGAAGGAGAGAUAGUAUUACACCAAAAUUAAGUUAGCAGGACCAUUUGAAUAAUAAUGAUUAUUGCCUGAAAAGCAGGUUGGAGUAUUGCUAGACCAGGGAGGAAGAAACUUCAAUGGAACAAUGGUUAGUGAAAAUUUACUGACAAACAAUAACACACAACCAAUGGAAACGUCUCUAACAUCACCACCACCACCGACAAUUUGAUUAAAACCAAUAUGAGAAUUAUGUCUUGGGCUGGUGUGAAUCAUAGCCUAUCUCUACCUGAUUAGAAACCAAUAGGCAGAGAAGUUGCCAUAAUAAAAAAUUAGAAAGAGCCUAAUUGUUAGAACUGAGAAUGUUUCUUACCAUCUUAUUAGUUACAUUCCAUGAAAGCAAAUAAGUGAAUAACCAUAUAGUUGGUCAGAAAGGAAAAGAGGAAAAUAGAUCAAACAAGUGAUUAAGGUUUAGCAGAUUACCCAGUGUUCAAGUUUUUUCAACGGUAGUCAUUGUUUUCCUACAAUGAUUAAUAUAUGAUAAUCAGUAUCAUGAUCUGAGAAGAUAAACUAGUGUUCAAUUUGAAUUUGAGAUGGAACUUUUAGCAUUAAUCGAGUGCUUAUGGGGUCCUUCAUAUGGUUUGGUUGUACACUUCAGCUGGCAGAGUUUUAUACUCUAUAUAUAAAUGUACAACUUUUAGUAUCUGUUGGAAGUGUUUAAGCUCUUUUGGUGUACAACUUCUAGUAUUAUCUGUGAGAACGUUUGAAGUUUUUAUAGUUUUUUUAUACGAAUUUGAUUACAACUUUUAGUAUGUGUUGGGAGCUUUUAGGCUCUUUAUAUGGUUUGACAUAAACUUUUAGUAUCCACUAAGAGUUUUAUACUCUUAAAUAGUUCGUGUACAACUUUUAGUACAUCUUAAAAGUUUUUAGACUUUUUACGUAGUUUGACGGAUAACUUACCGGACAGUGAUUGAUCUCU